AAAAAAAAACAUGACAGUUCAGAAAGAUAAGAAUUUUGACAUAACCUCUCAUGCUAGUUUUUGCUAGAAAAAUUAACAGAAAAUUUUACGUUUCGUGGCACAAAUGGCAUCAAUAACAGCGUAUUCAGUGGGCCGACUGGCAAAAUACGUGACAGAGUCUACAUUCCGGAAUUUACGCUCGAAUUUGUACAGGAGUACCACCCGCGGGUACAGCACAGAGGAGAACGCCAAAGAGGAGAGCAGUGAGAAGCUGCCGGCCACCAUAGAAGAAUGCCAUAAGCAGCUGGAAACCCUCACCGGAGAGCUCAACACUCUUAAGGCACAAGCCAAAGACUAUGAGGACAAAUACAAGCGCGCACUCGCGGAGGGUGAGAAUGUCCGUCGGCGUAUGGUCAAGCAGGUUGAAGACGCCAAGUCCUUCGCCAUUCAGAGUUUCUGCAAGGAUCUGCUUGAUGUGGCUGACACAUUGUCGGUGGCAGCAGAGAGCGUGCCAGAGAGCGCACUGGGCGAGGGCGGCGCUGAAGGCGCGGCCGCCGCAUUACGCUCGCUGCACGACGGCGUGCGGCUCACGCGAGCCAUGCUCACACAGGUGUUCACUCGGCACGGACUGGUGGCCGUGUCACCUUUGAGAGAGAAAUUCGACCCCAACCUCCACGAGGCGCUCUUCCAACAGGAAGUGGAAGGAGCGGAGCCUGGCACAGUGGUCGCGGUCUCCAAAGUGGGUUACAAACUGCACGAGCGCUGCGUGCGGCCCGCCCUCGUCGGCGUGGCUAAAGGCUCCUCCUAGUGUACCAAGGAUUCAAAAAUGACACCUUUCUCGACAUGUCACGGUCAUACACGGAUAUAGCUUCUAAACUUGUCUUUUCUGUUCCCCAAAUCUAAGAUCACUAACCAAUCUAUCUGGUUUUGAACUAAAUUUACAAUUGGAUUGGUCAGAUUGGCCAAUCAAUCUGUCAUUUUUAUUUUAGUACCUGUUGAAUAAAACCGUUAAACCCUUUACUAGGUUGCCAUUUCAAAAAUGACAGUCGAAUGGCAGUUAGGUACGAGUAUACUCAUCGAAAAUAGAACAUACAUAUGUUUGAUCCCUUAGCCUGGUAAUGGGUUAACUUUUGGGAACAGAAGAGGCAACUUUUUUCUACGUGUCUAUGACCCAUCACCGUUGGUUAGUGUAAAGGGGCCCACUGAUUAACAGUCCGCCGGACGGUAUAGGCCUGUCAGUUAGAACAAAAAGUUGACAGUUCCGAACAACUGACAGGCAGAUACCAUCCGGCGGACUGUUAAUCAGUAGUCCCCUUUAGUUCGGUGCUGAUCUAACAUUUGAUUGGCAUUGCUAUAGUUCGUUUUUUUUAGCAUUAGAAAGAACUUGAAAGAAGGUAAGCGAUCUUGACAAGUCUUAAUUGAAAAACGCUUUUUAAAAAUCAAUAACUAUUACUUAUGAAAGCAGAAUAAUAUAAAUGAUCGUAUUAGAUUCAUAAUUGUUACAUAUUUGCCGUAACUUAUUUUUUUUAAUGUUUUUCAACUAAAAGACACAUCAAGAUUAUUUACCUUAUUUCUAAUGCUAAAAUAACGAACUAUAAUUUGAAACCAAAUUGCAUUUACUCUUACCUGAAAUGCACUUUUUUAUUAACUACCUUUAAAAAAAACUUUACUCACAAGCUACCAAGCCAAACGAGUCUCGACUUAUACUACAAUUUAAGCAAAAUACAGAUGUACUGCAUAAUUGUAUUCCACCGUAUUGUCACGGAAACUUACGAACGUGUCUUGCUAUUAAGGCCAGUGUCGGUACAAAAAGUACUGAUAUUGACUGAAUUAGCACGGAAAAAUACGAACGUUUCCGAGAAAAUACGAUGGAAAACUACAUCUGUACAAUUUUUAUUCCUACAGAAUUUUAACAUAUCCACAAUUAUCAGAUAAACGCCAACAUCAUUUGUGUUAUGCGUGUAAGUGAAUUCAAUUGCGUUUUAAACUUGUGAGUAAAAUUCCUGUAUGACUGGACUCUAGACAUUAUGUAUGACAGAAGGGAUAUGUAUAAAAUUUACUUUGACACCUGCUUUACUGAGACAGUUGGUGAGAAUCCUCUAGACCGAGUUUAGAGCAAUUAUUUCAUGCAACCGAUGAUGCCAAAAAUGUGGGAGUGCACGGGACGAGGUGAGCGAAGUCCCGUGCCGUGAUUGGUCCGUUCAAAGACACGGGCGUCACACAAAGACACUUUCGAUUCGAACAUGGAGUAAAAUUACCGUAUGCUUUGUCUGUGGUGAGAAUUAACGGUCUUGUGGACCGUAAGGAAACCGUUGAAAGUGUAGUAACUUAUCAAAAUAAUAACCUAACUUGAAAUCUUUUCUUCCUCACUCAAGUGUGUUGAAAAACAUGAAACGCAUGUGCAUUGGUCAUUACACACAUCGGCUUUCUAAUAGCGUACAAUAUUGCCCCGUGUGUAGUGACCAACGUAGCACACUUGUAUCAAAAUCAUAGUCUAAUAAAACGUGGUCUUCUCUUCCCAGAGUGACACAAGUCUACGUCACAAUAACAUUGCCGCUAUAUAUGGCGCUAUCGCAUAUUAUCAUAUAGCGCUGUCGCAUGAUGACGUAGGCUUGUGUCAGUCAGGUGAACUAGAAAAGACGGGAAGAGAGUACCAGGCGGAGUAUAUUAUUAUACCAUGAUCACAAUGUACUAUUGGCAGGCGUGGCUCACUCCGCGAUUUAGUCGGUUUGCAACAGGUAGCUAAAAGUACAUCCGUUCCACACCCAUUUUGGUGGCUAGCCAUAAGCCGCGCGUGGCGCUGUCGCCACCUAGCGGCCAUAUCUGUCCUGAUCGUAACAGAAGCGUUUUGUUAGAGAGUGAGUCUUCUGUACCUACUAUUAUUUAUUCUGUGCUAUUGGGAAAUAAUAAAUGAAAGUUUUUGAGCAUCGAAAUCCCUUUGUUUAGACUAGCAAUGAAUUUGUAUAAUAUUUUUGUUAUGAUUAGGCAUAGAUUUAGAAUUCCAUGAUGUAUGUCUGAGGUGGUAGUUGUUGUUAAAAUAAAUGGAUUAUAUUGUUA